AUUUUACUUACUGUCUUCAAUUGUCUCCAUAAAUGUAGAAUUUGGAUGCUGUUCGGACUUCCAGCUAUUCAGUGACCUUGAAUUUGAACGUAGUGAUAGCUUAAAUAAAUGGGCCUCUCCGAGAAUUGUGGGUGAUGAUGAUGGAGGAAAGCUCUUUACCCCUGAGGAAUAUGAGGAGUACAAAAGAAAAGUAUUACCAAUUCGGUUACAGAACAGGUUGUAUGUGAGCUGGAGAUCACCAACUGGCAUGGACUGUAAGCUUGUAGGUCCAGAGACGCGGUGCUUUUGUACUCACCGGUAUAAACAACACAAAACGGACUAUGAAGUGAUUCCCAAAGAGCAUCCUAUUUGUGUGCCUUGUAGAGCGAGCCGUUGUCCGUGCCAGUCGUAUCACUAUGUCCCUGUAAAUGGCACACAGCCCAUCCGCUGUAGAUGCAAACACUUUGCUGAUCAGCACAGUGCAGCACCUGGAUUUUCAUGUACCUCUUGUUCCAAGUGUUCUGGCUUUCAUAGUUGCUUUACCUGUGCGUGUGGUCAGCCGACAUACGCUCACGAAACAGUUGUGGAAACUAAAAGUGAGUGCUUGGCCCAAGGAAAGCCUGUGGGGCAGGAUGUUCCUUAUGCUGCUAUGGGAGGACUGACUGGUUUUAGUUCAGUAGCAGAAGGCUACAUGAGGCUCGAUGACAGUGGAAUAGGGGCUCCUUCUGCUGAACUUUUAGAAUCCUCUGUUACCAGCAUGGAUCAUCCAUUUCUAAAAGCAUUUCGAGGACCUUCUAGUUCUGCUCAAACCAUCUCACAGAUAGCAGCUGGUUCUCGUGCCACAAGGCAAGUUUCUCAUGGAAAGCAUUCAGAAGGUGAUGACAUGGCCUACUUUGAAAAACGUUAUCAAGAACGGCUGAAAAAGGAAAAGGCUGCUAAACGGAAAGAGAAAAGUCCAGUGCCAUCAAAGAAACCAUGA